AUGUCAGUAUAUAGUACUACAGCUGCACAGCAGCAGCAGAGACAGCAGCAUCAACAGAGAUUAGGAGAAUUGUUGGACGCAGUGAAGCAGGAGUUCGACUUUGCUUUGAAUGAGGCUUCAAACUUCAAACAAGUCAAGGAAGAUUAUGAUGUAAAGUAUAACCAACAAACCGCUGAGAUGCAACAAAUCAGACAGACUGUGUAUGAAUUGGAGAUGGCACAUCGAAAAAUUAAGGAGGCCUAUGAAGAAGAAAUUUUAAGAUUGAAAACAGAGUUAGAGAGUAGAGACAGGCAAGCUCAUCAACAGCAAGUUCAACACAAAUCAAAUGGAUUACCAUUUGUUGGUGGCCCGGGUUCUACCUCUGCUGCAAGCUUCCAAGGUGCACCUCAUCAAGGUAGUCAAGCUUCGCCACCACCACCAGUGAAACAAUCGCCAGCAAAACAGGAAGUUAAAUCUGUAUCUCCAAAGGCACCGAAAUCUGAGCCUGCAAAGUCUGAAAAUAUUGUCCCUGAGACCUCUAGCGCCUUGAAUAUAAUUGACAAAUCGCAAUAUAUUGUGAAUCCCGCUCAGAGGGCUCUGCAUCUUAAAGAAAUCCCACCAUUUUUGGUUGAUUUAGAUGUGUCUAAGGCGAACCCAGAUUUCAAGAAGCAAAAGCCAGAUUAUUUCGUUUUAUACAAUCCAGCCUUCAGUCGUGACCUUGACGUGGAACUUAUUCACUCUUUGGAUCAUUCGUCUGUCGUAUGUUGUGUAAGAUUUUCCAAAAAUGGAGAAUUCAUAGCGACUGGUUGUAACAAAACCACACAGGUUUUCAAUGUGGAAACAGGUGAAUUGGUUGCUAAGCUAAUUGAUGAUAACUCGAGUAAUAGUUCAGGUGACGGUAAUGAAGAUUCUAAAGAUGGAGACGUGCAAUCUUCUAGUGCCAAUGGUGAUUUGUAUAUUAGAUCGGUGUGUUUUUCACCUGAUGGUAAAACAUUAGCUACUGGUGCCGAGGAUAAGUUGAUCAGGAUUUGGGAUUUAGCAACGAAGAGGAUAAUUAAAAUUUUGAGAGGUCACGAACAAGACAUUUAUUCUUUAGACUUCUUUCCCGAUGGCAAUAGAUUGGUCUCUGGUUCUGGGGAUCGAACUGUAAGAAUCUGGGAUUUGAGAUCAUCACAAUGUUCUCUAACUCUAUCCAUUGAAGAUGGUGUUACCACUGUAGCAGUCUCGCCUGAUGGCCAGUUGAUUGCUGCAGGUUCUUUGGAUAGAACAGUAAGAGUCUGGGAUUCGACGACUGGAUUCUUGGUGGAAAGAUUGGACUCCGGUAACGAAAAUGGAAACGGACAUGAAGAUUCCGUUUACUCGGUAGCAUUCUCAACACAUGGUAAACAAAUUGCAUCUGGUUCAUUGGACAGAACAGUGAAAUUGUGGAAUUUAGAAGGGAAUCAGGAUCCUCGUUCCCAAUCUGGAACUUCCAAAAAGUCUUCGUGUGAAGUAACUUAUGUCGGACACAAAGAUUUCGUGUUGUCUGUAUGUUCAACACCAAACAACGAGUACAUUUUGUCAGGGUCUAAAGACAGAGGUGUGAUAUUUUGGGAUCAAUUGUCUGGAAACCCCUUACUUAUGCUUCAGGGCCAUCGUAAUUCUGUUAUUUCCGUGGCAGUGUCUUUGAACUCGCAAGGAACUCUGGGUAUAUUUGCCACAGGAAGUGGUGAUUGCAAAUCCAGAUUAUGGAAAUGGACCAGAAAAUAA